AUGGAAGAAGGAUGCAGCAAUCAAGAAGAAUUAGUGUUGCCGACCUUGAAAUUGAGCAAUAAUGAAGAAGAAAACUUUAAUAUCAAUGCUGCUGCUUCUCCAAUUGAGAAUAAGAAUCUGACACCGAAAAAUAAACCAAUUGAUAAAAUGACUGAUCCAAUAGAGCCAAUAGAGAAUGUGAAAGCAAGCUCCCAAUCUGAUUCCGGCUCAGACAACACCGAUAAGAAUCUAAUGCCUUCAAUCAAAGAUAAUCAAAAAGACGAAAAUAGCAUCCGUAAAAGAUCAAACAGUCGAACAUCAAGUGGGAAGAACUUGAAAAGCUCUAGCGAUAUUUCUCCAGCAUCCAAAAUAUUUAGAAAUUUAUUAAUCUUAGAAGAUGAUCUAAGGAAGCAAGCUCGUCAAGAAAGAAAAUUAAAAUGGCAAUUUACGUGCUUUAUAUCUUGCUUAACCGGUGUAGCUGGGUUUGUUCUUUAUGAGUUGUACUUUGAUGAUGACUUGGGACGAUCAUUAGGUAAAAUGUAUCGAUUUUCUCUUCAAUUUACACUUUGCUUCAUCCUCAUUACUUUGGUCUUGUUUCGAUUAAGUGGGCAAUACAAAAGAACAAUAAUUAUUCCUCGACGAUUCUUUGUUUCAGCUAAUAAGGGGCUUCGACAAUUUAACGUGAAAUUAGUGAAAGUGGGCUCCAUGUGGGAUGAAAGAGUGGCAGAUUUAAUCCGAUAUAUGAGUCGAAAGAUUGCAUAUUGCAAUUUGUACUUCUUAACCAAUCUUCUUAGAUUAGCUGAACAGAAUACAAUAGUUAUAUUUUGGAGAAGUGUUGCCCUACGAUCACAACCUCGAAUUGGUGCCGUUGAUGUAAAAUUGAUAUUGAUUCCCAGAGCAUUCAGUGCUGAAGUACAAGAGGGUUGGGAGAUAUAUAGAGAUGAAUUCUGGGCUAGAGAGGGUGCCCGUAGGCGUCAACAGGUUGACCAGGAUAGCAAUCGGCCAACGACAGCUCCAACUACUAAAUAG